GUGCAUAAAUAUUCAUUGCUUAGAAUUCAAUGGCUUUUUAUCUUCAAAAUCCGUAAGAAAAAAAAAAGUACUUCCAUAGGCAGUCAUGUAUCAUUUACUGGGCUAUGAAGAUGUCAGCAGGAAGGCCUAAAGUAGUUUCAAAGUUGUAUAUUUAUUUGAACAUAAUAAGAGGGUUGGCGCAAAGAAAUGGCCUAAGGCAAAAAUAAAUAAAUAUAAAAAACAACUCGGUGUGCAAUAUGUUUUCAUGAGUCACUUUAUCCGCCUCCAUAUUCAAAGCAGACGUUCAGAAACAAUUGAAUAACAACUAAAAAGCAAAAAGAAAUAUAAUAAUAUUUUCAAAUAAUUAUAAAUAAAUGCAUUUAGGAACUGUGGACCUAGUGGCCACUCCCUUAUAAUAGUGAGGGAGACUUUCACACAGUGAUUCCACGUCACUACUCAAAGUGAAACUUUGAAAGUGAAAGCAAAAGCGAGCCAAUGAGAGAACGCCAAGACUCGCAUACGGGUCGGAUCAGUCGUUUUGUAUCACUCUGUUACUACAAUGGCGGACAUAACAUCCCUAGUGAACGAUCUGUCCUGUUCGGUUUGCCAUGACAUCUUUAACGACCCUGUUAUCCUAUCGUGUAGUCACAGUUUCUGCAAAGGCUGUCUGCAGAGUUGGUGGACUCAAAGCCAGGAACACCGGUGUCCACUUUGCAAGAGAUCUUCAAAGACCGAACCACACAGGAAUAUUGCUCUGAAGAACCUGUCGGAAGCCUUCCAGCAGGGGAACGCGGAUCUAUGCCCUCUGCACAGUGAGAAACUCAAGCUCUUCUGCCUCGAUGACCUGGAGACGGCGUGUCUCAUCUGUCGAGAUUCUGAAAAACACGCCAACCACAGAUUCCUUCCUGUGGAUGAAGCUGCCCCGAGCCACAGGAAAGAAAUUCAGGAAUUACUAAAAUCCCAGAAGGUAGAGUUAAACGACUUUGUUGAGACCAAGAGAAAGUGUGAUCAAAUAGCAGCACACAUUAAAGUCCAGACCGCGCACACCGAGAGACAGAUUCAAAAGGAGUUUGAGAAGCUUCACCAGUUUCUCCAAGAUGAAGAGAAGUUCAGGAUCACUGCGCUGAGAGACGAAGAGCAGAUGAAAGGUCAGAAAAUAAAGAAGACGAUUGAGGAACUUUCGAGGCAGAUAGAAACCAUUUCACACACAGUCUCCGAGAUGGACGAGCAGCUGGGGGCUGGAGACGUUUCCUUCCUGAAGAAGUACAAGGCUACAGCAGAGAAAGCAGCCCAGCCCCGACCCUCGCCGGCUCUACCCGAGGGAGCGCUGCUGGACGUGGCCAAACACCUGGGCAACCUGGCCUACGCAGUCUGGAAGAAGCUGGAGGAGAAGGUCUCCUACUUUCCUGUGAUCUUGGACCCCAACACCGCUGCCCCCGAUCUCCACCUGUCUGAUGAUCUGACCAGCGUGAGGUGUGGAGCGAGACAGCAGCUCCCUGAGAACCCAGAGAGGCUGGAGUAUGGCGUGCUGGGAUCAAGGUCACUUGAAUCAGGGACCCGCACCUGGGAGGUAGAGGUGGGAGACAGCGCCCACUGGGAGCUGGGUGUUGGCAAUGGUAUCAACAGAAAAUCUGAUCUAGAAUCGGCACUUACACAAUCGGUUGAUAUCCCAGCGAUGCAGAAGUUACAGAGGAUCAGAAUGACGUGGAAUCCGACCACUCAUGAAAUGUCCAUCAGUGAUCCUAAAACCAACCAGACAAUAAGCUCAUGUGGGCACCCAUUAAUGUCUCUAUUACCAUUUAUCCAUUCCACUGAUGCAGUUCCUUUGAGUAUUUGCCCAGGGAAGAACCUGCCUGGGAGUUAGGAACGAUGUGAGUGUACCUGUACUGCUGUUUAUUUCUGUGUUGUUAAUCAUAUUCUGUAUUGUCCUUGUUGAUCUGUAAGCGAUGGAAAACAGAAAAAUAAUUUAAAUAAUGCAAAUAAUAAUGUUUAGACAUGCAUGUUUUCUUGGACACAUGCUGAAAGACGAAUGUUGUAUGGUUUCGUCAGAUCAUGUUUAGGUUUAUAUGAUGUGGAAAUGUAUUACUAAGUUUGACUGGGUAAAAUGUUGUGUAAAUGUAUUACUAAUUAAGUUAAACAGGAUACGUGAUGUCUAAAUGUGUGACAUAGUCAUUAUAUUAUUAUUAAUUAUGUCAUUAAAUCGAACAGGGUGAUUGA